AUGGAAAGAGGGAGAUUGAAUGAGGAAUACGGUAUGGAAAGAGGGAGAUUGAAUGGGGAAUACGGUAUGGAAAGAGGGAGAUUGAAUGAGGAAUACGGUAUGGAAAGAGGGAGAUUGAAUGGGGAAUACGGUAUGGAAAGAGGGAGAUUGAAUGAGGAAUACGGUAUGGAAAGAGGGAGAUUGAAUGGGGAAUACGGUAUGGAAAGAGGGAGAUUGAAUGGGGAAUACGGUAUGGAAAGAGGGAGAUUGAAUGGGGAAUACGGUAUGGAAAGAGGGAGAUUGAAUGGGGAAUACGGUUUGGAAAGAGGGAGAUUGAAUGGGGAAUACGGUAUGGAAAGAGGGAGAUUGAAUGGGAAAUACGGUAUGGAAAGAGUGAGAUUGAAUGGGGAAUACGGUUUGGAAAGAGGGAGAUUGAAUGGGAAAUACGGUUUGGAAAGAGGGAGAUUGAAUGGGAAAUACGGUAUGGAAAGAGGGAGAUUGAAUGGGGAAUACGGUAUGGAAAGAGGGAGAUUGAAUGGGGAAUACGGUAUGGAAAGAGGGAGAUUGAAUGGGGAAUACGGUUUGGAAAGAGGGAGAUUGAAUGAGGAAUACGCUAGCAUAACUCCGCUUGCCCGCUUCACGCUUGAUCAGGUCAAUACAAUGAUUGGUAACACUCAGCGAGGGUUGCGCCAUAACAGAGAUGGCGCUUUGGCCCGGCCCGGGGACAGGGUUUUCACACUUGCACAGCUGCAGAGAUUUAAGACAGAAAUAGAAGCAAGAGCCGCUGACUCCGCUAGAUCAGUAGGACUUGCAGAGCCCACUUUUACACAGCAAGAUCUUGAGAGAAUGUAUCUCGGCACGAAGCAGGGCGUUCGAUACAAUUUGCGGGGCCAGCCUGCAGUCCCAGGGGAGGCUACUCUUUCGAUUGCUGUCAUCGAAGCUUUGCUUGAUAUGCGCCAUUCUAAUGUGCGUGCUUCAACGCCACGAUUCGGCUUUACGCUUGACCAGGUUGAAGCUAUGCUGCUUGCUAUGGCUGCUGGUGUAAAAUAUAACGUCCAAGGUCAGCCGGCUGCUCCAGGAGAGACGACCAUUUUGAGGAUCCAGCUUCUUGCUUAUCGGGAUUGGUUAUUAGCUGGCCAAGAAGGUGCAGCGGGUGGUGAAGGAAUGCCUGGUGCAGGAAUGCCAGGGGACCAAUCAGGUGGCGGUGGGAACGUGCAGACAAAGGACUUUACAUACCUUGAGCUUGAGGCCAUACUGAAUGGCAUUAAGGCUGGGCUGCAGUAUAACUUCAAUGGGCUCCCCGCUGCAGAAGGAGAGGUUACCUUAACUCUAGAUAUGGUAACCGACAUGAUGACAAGAUUACAGGCUAUGGGCAUGGGCGGCCCGGGCAAACCAGCAGGAGGAAACGAAGGUAUGGGCCUAGGCGCCGCGCCAGGAGGAGGGCAAGGUAUGGGCCUUGGCGCCGCGUCAGGAGGAGGGCAAGGAGUGGGACAAGUCGGUUAUUCGGAUCCAUGGAGCAUCACGUUCACACUAGGUCAACUUACCGACUUCAUCAAUAAAGGACAAUCAAUCGCCUUCAGUGGAAAUGCUAACCCGUCCAAUACUGAGCCAAUCUUCACUCAACAGCAACUUAUGAUGUUAAGAGACUACUUGACCAAUACCGGUGAACCUUCUGUGACCGUGGGUCCCCUGAGUGUCGGCCAGGUUGACGAAUUAAUGAAAAGGUUUACUGAAGAUCCCAACACCCAGGUCAACUUCCAAGGUACAGGUGUUGGACCAUUCCAGCCGGCCAUUAAUGCUGCUCAAGUUGCAUUGUUAUAUAACGUACUGAACACACCAGUACCUGAGGUUGGAACCGGAAGCGGAGGAAUAGAUUCAAACAUUCUUGACGUGAAUCCACUUGUUACAGGACCUGGUGCUGGAGGUGCUGGAGGGGCAGAAGGUGUUGGUGCAAAUAGUGGCGGAGAUGCAGGUGGUAGCCCUCCUGGCGGUGCCGGUGAUAUGAGUGGAUCCUCCGGAGGAAUGGACGGUGGUUCAGCUGGAGUAGGCGUUGGUCCAGGUGAUAUUGGCGGUGGUGCCGGUGGAAUGGACGGUGGUGCCGGUGGAAUGGAUGGCGGUGCAGGCGUAACUGGCGGUGACGCAGGUGGCGUGGAUGGUGGUGCCGGUGGAGUGGAUGCAGGAGCCGGUGGAGUGGAUGCAGGAGCCGGGGGAUUGGAUGCAGGAGCCGGGGGAGUGGAUGCAGGAGCCGGGGGAGUGGAUGCAGGAGCCGGGGGAGUGGAUGCAGGAGUCGGGGGAGUGGAUGCAGGAGCCGGUGGAGUGGAUGGUGGUGCCGGUGGAGUGGACGCAGGAGCCGGUGGGGUGGAUGGUGGUGCCGGUGGAGUGGAUGGUGGUGCAGGUGGAGUGGAUGGUGGUGCCGGUGGAAUGGAUGGUGGUGCCGGUGGAGUGGAUGCAGGAGCCGGUGGAGUGGAUGCAGGAGCCGGUGGAGUGGAUGCAGGAGCCGGUGGAGUGGAUACAGGAGCCGGUGGAGUGGAUGCAGGAGCCGGUGGAAUGGAUGGUGGUGCCGGUGGAGUGGAUGCAGGAACCGGUGGAGUGGAUGCAGGAGCCGGUGGAGUGGAUGCAGGAGCCGGAGGAGUAGAUGGUGGUGCCGGUGGAGUGGAUGGUGGUGUAGGUGGAAUGGGUGUUGGUGCCGGUGGAAUGGACGGAGGUGCAGGUGGAAUGGGUGGCGGUGCAGGCGUAACUGGCGGAGGCACGGGUGGAGUGGACGGUGGCGCCGGUGGAAUGGACGGAGGUGCAGGUGGAAUGGGAGGGGAUGCUGGGGGAAUGGGAGGCGGUUCAGGAGGAAUAGGAGGCGGUGCAGGAGGAAUGGGUGGCGAUUCAGGAGGAAUGGGUGGAGGUGCAGGAGGAAUUGGUGGCGGUUCAGGAGGAAUGGGAGGCGGUGCAGGAGGAAUUGGUGGCGGUUCAGGAGGAAUGGGAGGCGGUGCAGGAGGAAUUGGUGGCGGUUCAGGAGGAAUUGGUGGCGGUUCAGGAGGAAUGGGAGGCGGUUCAGGAGGAAUGGGUGGCGGUUCAGGAGGAAUGGGAGGAGGUGCAGGUGGAGGCACUAGAGUACUUGACAAGCCUGUUGGAGGAGUUUCCGUCAUUGAUGCAGGUUGGGAUAGAACCCCAGGCUCUGUUGGAACUGAGUGGAUGAAGGCACGAAUUGAUCCAGCCUUCUGCCAAGGUUGCAACCUGCAAAUCUGCUUCUUCCCAUUCGAAGAUGAUUGCAAAAAAUACAUAGUUUGUCAGAGAACAGCCCUUGGAUCGUACGUUGCCUGGAGAAUGCGUUGUGCCUUCGGGUCCUACUGGAGCAACAGUAACUUGUGGACUUGCGAACGUGUUGAAGACCUCUUGACCCGAGGAUACGUUUGUCCUAAAGAUCCUUGCUCCAACACAAGUCUUUCUGUCUAUCCUGACGACGAUAAAAGAAACUGCCGUACGUUCUGGCAGUGCGUUAAUGGAGUUACAACGCCAAUGUGCUGCGAUGCCGGAAAACGCUUCAACGCGCAGACGCUCCAAUGUGAAUGGGAUGUAAAUGAAGAGUGCAAACAAUUAUGUCCGCUCGAAAUAGGCGGUUGCGAAGUUCCCGGGGCAUUGACCGAGCCAUUCUAUGAUGGAAACUGCCUGACCUACAGAGAUUGUCAAUUUGGCCACCCCCGUCCAAUGUGUUGCCCUAGAGGACAGGCUUACGACUAUGAACUUGGCGUGUGCUCUGUUUCCACCACCUGCACAGACACGUGUCCGCCGGAGUACGAAUCAAACCCAUGUGGAAAGAUGGUCGGAGGAAAAGCAGUAACGUCCUACUCACUGACCGAUGGCAACUGCCGAACAUAUAUGAAGUGUAACGAUAAGGGUUAUGACGAUGCAUACUGCUGUCUGCCUGAAUACAGGUACAACAUUGAGACUGGAGACUGCGACAAAAUUGACGACCCUAUGGACCCAUGUAAUUACGAAGUGUGCCCUCAAACGUACAAGGAAAAGUGCCGAUUUAAGCCCGUUGAGGGAAAUGUGUCGCAGUAUUACGAUCCCCAGAAUUCCCUUAUUCGACCCUGUGCCCCGGCAACAACGUUUAGUGAAGAAAUAUGCGGCUGUGUAGGACGUUCAAUGGAGAAGACAUGCAAAAAAGAGGUCGAUGUCACAUUUGACGACGUCCAAAACAAAUAUGGUGUACAGAAUUAUGGCGACGGAUGGAUCUCACCUGUCGGCGCUCUGGAGAAGAUAAGAACCGCAAAUAUAUCGUACGCCAAUUUUGAAGGGAAUAACGGGAUGGAGGUCUGGCGAUAUGACCACAGCGAAUUCCCUGAGCUUCGAUCAGAGAUUACUUUCCAGCCAGCACUCAAUGUCGGAAAUGAGAAAAGAAUUCUUGUGUCAAACUGCGAUUCCAUAAGUGGAGCCGGUCCAUCGUUUGCAAUCCUUCUUGACCCUACGACAAAUACGAUAGAAGUCCAGGCGGUCUCAAAUGUUAACCGAGUCGUGCAAACAUUGCCAUACAAUCCUAACGGUUGGAAUACUAUCAAAACCAUCUUCGACGGAUCAAAUAUCAUGUCUACACUUGAUACAGUUUCUGCCACUGGUCCGGGUGGCCAAGCAGGAAAGGCCUUCGACUCUCUUAGAGGCAAGAUAAUUGCUGGUGUUGGACCUCUGAGGUAUGGACCCUGUCUGAAUCCUGCCGGAGAAUCGAUGGGAAAUGGCUUCGUGGGCUCAGUAGCUGAGGUUGUGUUUUCGAAGUGUCUUGACACAUACGGAAAAGAAGCACUGAUGACUGAACAAAAUAGCCAACCGAUACCUUAAACGGGAUUGAUUGACAGUUUUAAUUGUUUCCUUUAACAAUUGUAGUGUAAAAAAUGUUCUUCAGUGUAUAAUAAUAGAAAGACACGUGUGGAAAGUGUUAAAGCGACUUUUACAAUGACAAUUUUGGAUACACAAUACAUACCAUAGUCCUAAAUGGAUAACUACAUAUCGUUAACAAUCAGGGUCAUAAUUUGAGAUCAGAGUCUCGAAAAUAAAUAAAUAGUGUUAAAAUUAAAAUAAACUUGAACGAUUUCGAUAAAAAAAUGCGAAAAUGGCAACUCAUCUUAAAUGAAAGGGAAAAUAUCGUUUGUUAAAUGCGUUGUUAUUGAACGGCGCUUGGCGCACAUGUAUAUGUACGUCUAAAGUGUUUGCAUUUAUAGCGUCUUACCUAUAUAUGUUUCUCGGUAAUAAAAAUAUGAGUAUCCUA